AGCGGAUGUGACGUAACGGCGGAGCUGCUAACGUCAAAUAACUUAAGGUGCACUGCGGGCUGGCAGCGUUUCUCACGAAUUCAGAAUCAAAGUCCCCAGGAGAGCUGUGAGCAGAGCUCCGUGUCCAUCCCCUUCCCCAUACAGACAUCCGGCCAGUAUGUCCAGUGAUCCUCCGCCUCCGUACCCUGGAGGUCCCAGCGCCCCACUUAUUGAGGAGAAAAAUGGACAACCAGUUCCUGUAAGAACUGCUCCUAUACAGGGGCAGCCGUUACCUCCAGACUAUGGUCCUCCACCUUAUGAGGGUCCAGGGCCAGGCUUCCUCCCCCCACAUGUCCCUGGAGAAGGACCCAUGCCCAUGCCAAUGCCUCCACCACAUGGCGACCUCUACCCACCUCCGCCCGGUCACUUCCCCCACCCGAUGCCGGGACACAUGGGUCCUGGUCCAGGUCACUUUGUCCACAUGGGAGGCCACACAGCGACCGUCCUGGCUCCUCCAGGAGCAGCCACCACUGUGACAGUACUGCAAGGGGAAAUGUUCCAGACGUCACCGGUGCAGACUGUGUGUCCACACUGCCAGCAGGCCAUUGUCACGCGCAUCUCCCACGAUGUCGGACUCAUGAACACACUCUUUUGCCUCUUCUGCUUCUUUGUAGGGUGUGAUCUUGGCUGCUGCUUGAUUCCCUGUCUGAUCGACGACCUCAAGGACGUGACACACACCUGCCCUUACUGUAAGGGCUACAUUUACACAUACAAGCGUAUAUGCUAACCACCGACAGCUGUAUGUUACACACACACACACACACACACACACACACACACACACACACACACACACACACACACACACACACACACACACACACACACACACACACACACACACACACACUCACAUCUCCUCCUGCUGGUAGUGACAGGCUUCUCCCCUUCAUUUUUGCAAAGUGUUGUGUCGCCCUCUUAAAAUUGUAAGUGCAGUUUUCUCAUCAGUUCACGGAAUAUUUGCUGUAUAUAUCUUUGACUCGAAUUCUUUUAUGUAUAAAAAUAUGCAUUUGAAAUGUACAAAUGUCACAGAACAGAUUAUGUAGGGCACCAAAAUCAUCCACUGAGAUGAAUAGGCAGCAGGCGCACGGGUGCAUCAUCUGAUCUGUGUUUUGAAACCUGACGAGAAAGCUUGUAGUAUUACACACGACCUUAGGAUAGACAGAGAGCCUCGGCUAGAGAAAACUGUGAAGAAAUGGUCACUUUAUUUAAAAAUCAUCUGUGAAUCUUAUAGAGAAUCAAGUGUAUUCAAGUUAAACAUGCUGGGUUAGCGUCGUUUUCUUUUAUUUAUUUAAAAUGUUUUAUCCAUUAUUUUAUCUAUUUACAACUGUGAAUAUUUUUGUCUAAUUAUUUUCUUCUAACAGACCCAGUUUUUUUUUCUCUCCUUCCUUUAAUCUUUAACCCCCCCCCCCCCUCGAUGAAUGUUAUCAGACUUAACGAACUCUUUUCACAUCAAUGAACUGGUGUGUCCGUUUGUUUGGGAACGACCAAGACUAAUGUAACUCGUCGUAACGCAUUCUUCUUCUGGGCUUCAGUCAGAAGUGGUAGAACUUAGUGGAUUAUUGUUGAGCACAUCUAACGCUCUCUCCGUCUGUGAAGCUUUUAAUUUAGAUGAUAAAGCCAAGAUUUGCACUUUAAGUUGGAAUUAAAAAUGUCCCCCUCUGAAAAAACCACCAACCUCAGCUUGUCACAGGUGCUUCAGAACUUUUAGCUUUUGAGGAGGAAAAGAAAGACUUCUCGUGAGUUGAAGCAGUUAUUCAUUUGUGUUAUGCUUUUUUUCUUUCUAUUGCUUGUGUUUGUUGUCGAUCCAAUUGAAUCCAGCCAUAUAUGCACUCAUUCAGAGUAUCUUAGAAUCCAAGUGGAGCUUGUGGGUAGUGUAUUAUCGGGGACACUUUGCAUGACAUCUCAGUUAUCUAGUGUCCUCUCACUCUGUCAGUCUUAUGCUCCACAAUAGUUCAUCUUCUCUCAUUGGUACUGUUGGCUGACUGUGCUACAGUACACAGGAUAUGUGGGGGGGGGGGGGGUAGUUUAAAAACCACAUGCAGACAAACAAAACUAAUAGAGGUGGCACCAUCUUCACAUGUCACCGUUUCACCUUUAACCCUCCUAAUAUGGCUUCAGCCCUUAAAAAAAAAGAGUACCUGCAUUGCUCGGAUGCAUGUUAGAUGAUUAAAAAAAAGUCGAAAUGGACUUAAUAGAGAACUCUCCACUAGGAUUAAGCUUCAGAUAAAUGAUUGUAUCACACAUCUCGCAACAACAUUGUGAUGAUUCCAUUGAGAUUACUACUAACAACCAAUCAACCAUUGUUCCAGCAAAGCAUGCCGAAGACUGCCACUCACCUUCACUUACCAAGUGCAGAGUUUGUCUGCAUGGACCACACGACAAAAAAACUAAAUGAUUCUCACAGGCGAGCUCCUUGACUCUUUUAUGCAUUUGAUUUGAUUUUCCUUAAGGCUAGCGAAGCAGUGCAAGAAAGUUCAUUUUAAAUUGAAGGAUUACAUUGAACUUUUAAUACAAGGUACUGUAUGCCAUUGUUGUGGAUAAUGCUGGUAUGCAUUGCUCUCUAAAUGUCUGUGAUAUGUAUAACUAUACAAGUCAAAGAUUUGUUUUGACUGUUGUAUACAGUUACUAUUUUAUCAAUAAAAAAUCCGAACAAGA